CGACCCAGGGCAGCAUCGCCAGCCACUCGCCCACGGCGAAACAGCGUCAUCAAAUUCUCACGCCGCGAUGAGCCGACAGCACUCCUGCCCACGUCGCCAUCUUCUGUCGUGGCCCGCGCCCAGCGAACAGGCCCGUUUCAAGAUGACGCCCUCGCGGCGCCACGAGAGGCCAACCUCGACGCCAGCUUGGCGAAACAGCCCGAGCCCUCAACGGCCUGAAUCGCUAUCGAUACCAUCUCCAUCGUAUCUAGGCCCCAAAGAUCCAGGCCUUUGCCAGGAACAGGCCAGGGGACUACUCCUCCUUCUUCAACUCCUGUCUGCCCACCUGCGACACCUCUCCUCUCCGUCCAUCACCACUCGCUCCCUUCUCUCCCCUCUCCCUCCUGCACUGCACUCCAAACCCUCCUGCUCCCUUCACCCACCCGCACGCCUCCACGCACCUGAAACCCCUGGCUGAACCCAGCCGGCCAAACUUCCGAGCCUGCAGCGCCCCCUGCAGCGAUCCCGCCUGCCAACCCUCACGCUCCCCCUUC